GCUUUCUUUAGCAACAGCCGUGGUGUGGAGCCUGUGAUCGACCCAGCGAGGCGUUGCACUGCGCAUCCAGCGCUUGUUUCAAUCUCCCUCCCUCUCCUCUCGCUCCUGUUUCUUUCAUGUCUCACUGCCUGCCUGCUUUCGUUUUCCCACUGCUGUUGAAUUGACAUGACCUGAAUUUACUCUACUUUCCCCCUCUUGCAGGCUCAAGAGUGUUAUCCUUUUGCUUGUUGCUGUCAGCGGGUUGUCGUCAGCUCGUUAUCAAUCAAUAAACAAUUACAAUUGAUAAGUGCACGCCUACUGCGGCCUCAACACAAUCGAUACCACCCAUCAUGCGCACCACAGCAUCAGUCAAGCCCUCGCACUACCCAGCGAUCCCCUUUCACCUCAUUCGCGCGACGGGCCUCAUCUCGACCUUCAUCGUAGGCAUCAUCCUCGCCGUGUUCAUCACCAAUCUCCACAGCCAUGGGUACAAACUGCCCUGGGCCUUCCUGGUCCUCCUAAUCGCUACUGUCCUCACGCUCCUGAACUACAUCCUCACAACCCUAACGCACUGCUUCUACGGUCUCUCGCCGCGCCUCUCCCUAACAACUAACACGACCACCCUCCUCCUCUGGCUCAUCGCCCUCGGCCUCCUAAGCUACAGCCUGUCGCACACGAUCCUGACCAGCUGCACGACAACCUACUGGGGCACGUCGACGGGGAUCAACGUCUGCCGGAUUUACAAGGCGCUGUUCGCCUUCACGAUCCUAGCGACAGCCGCGCACAUCGCCGCCGUGACCCUGGACGUGAUCGUCCACAAGCGCCAGACUCGACUGGGCGAAUACGACCCCAUGGCCAGCAACGCCGCUCUCAACGACUACAAGAUGCACAACCGCGGCAGCAGCGCCAUGUCCGGCGGCAUGGGGCCCUACCACCCGGACGACAUGUACGCGCAGCAGCAGCAUCCCCCGCAGCAAGCUCCGUACGGCUACCCCGCCAGACACGAAGCCUAUCACGACGCGCCGGGGAAUAUGUCGGGCGGGUACAUGGCGCCGCCCCCGUCAUACGGCGGGCUGGGCAACCACGCCACUGCGACGGCGGCGGAUGAGGAUUACCAUGCGCACGGGAUGGGACCGUACGGCGACGACGCCCCCGCGGAGGGCGAUCUCGGGGCCCAACACCAGGUGCCUCGGGUGAGGUACAGCGCGUAUGGAGCGUCGGCGGCCGGGUAUACCCGUCCUGCGGAGCAGACGGGGUAUGAUGCCGGGGCGUAUCGGUAGACCACUUCACUGUGCUCAUGAACAAACGGUUGUUUGCUUUCCAUGUAACCUCGGGGCUGCGCUGUUGUUCUCCUGGAAGUGCGCACAUGCUUGCUCGACCACAGAAUUACUCGCGCAUUUUGUUAGCGCCAUACACUUCCAGUCUAUGGAUCUCAUGUGUUACGACCUUACAAUGUACAAGAUUAUCUAUCUGAAUCGAUC